AUGGCCGACGAAGACAAGGAGAAAGCAGAGAAGCUGGCCGCUGCCAAAAAACGCGUACCUGGCCGGCAUACGAAGAAGGGCAAGAAGGGCGGCAAGAAGAAAGACAAAGAGCAGGCUGAUACAUCGAACGCGGAAGCAGCUGAAGAUGAUGCGGGAGAGCAAGACGGAGAAACGACCGCGAUGGCCGCAGAUGAGAAGGAACCAGUGGUGUCUGAGGAGACGAAGGCCAAGGUCCAUCGCUCAGAGUCGAAUGCGCACUCAGAAGUCCAAGAACUUUACAAGAAGCAGGCUGCAAAAAUCGAGGAACUCGAAAAGGAGAACAAGUCGCUCAAAGACCAACACGACGAGCAUACGAAGAAGCUGGCCAAGACAGAAGAAGAGCUUGAGAGCCUGCGAGAGGGUAGUGGUGACGCUGCGGAACUCAAGUCCAAGGCGAAGGAGGCCCAGCGGCUGAGCACAGAACUGGCAUCUGUGCAGCGACAGCUCUCUCAGGCGCAACAAGCCGCAGGCAAAGGACCCACACGACGACAGUCUGGAACUUCGCCGGAUGUCAGUGAGCAGCUCGCGAGCAAGGACUCAACCAUUCAUUCUCUGGAGCUUGAUAUGAGCAACCUGCGCAACCAGAUCACCACUCUGCAAAACACACUCGCAGAACGAGACGUGGCUAUUCAGGAGGCCAACGAACGCACGACUGCCGCCGAGGCUGCUACAGAAGCUGCGAAGCAAGAGUUGGAGUCGCUCAAGCUUUCCAUUGCCAUUCCCUCAGACGAGACAGCGGCUGCCAAUGAGGAUCCCGAAGCCUUGACGAAGCGCGUCACCGUCCUCGAAUCCGACCUGCGGAGUGCGAAUUCAGAUCUUGAAGCAGCAGCCAAGCGAGCUAGAUCACUCGAGCAGAAGAUCGAGGCCUUGACCAAACUGCACAGGGAUAGCUUGAACACCUCGCAGAGCAAAGAUCGCGAGCUCACCGACCUACGUUCGCAGCUCAAGCGCCAGUCACGCCCAUCUCACGUUCGGGAUGCUUCAGAAUUCGAGCUGAACGAGGACGAGACUGAAGCUGGCGCUCUCCAGGCACGCAUUCGAGCUCUAGAAGCCGAGAACUUCGAUCUCAGACGUGGAGUAUGGCGAGAUCGAAGAGCAGAAUUGCAGCCGGGUAUGGAUGAUAAUAACUAUGAGGAUGUGGAUUUGAAUACACCACACAGCGCAGGUGGACACAGAGGCUCGCUGCCGAGACAAACAAGCACAUUUCAAGAUGUGAUCACGUCUGGUAUCAAUGCUUUCACGGGCAGGGAGCCAUCGAAAACCCCUUUCAGAGACAGAGCAAUGUCUAUGGGUCUUAUGAGCGAAGACGGAUUCGAUGAAGAGGCGUUCCGACUGGCACAAGAACAGGAGCAGAAGAAUCGUAUCGAAAGGAUCAAGGAGGUCAAGCGCGGGCUCGAGCAGUGGCGAGGAUGGCGCAUCGAUAUAGCGGACCUCAGACAGAAAGGCGCCGGACCCGGGAGAGAAGUCGGCCCCCGAAAAUGGUUCAAUCGUUCAACAUCGUAG